AUGAACGCCAGUGAACUCUCUUUUGGGGUCAUGGUUUUGCUGCAUCUCAGCAUCGGGGUCUCGGUGAAUGGCUUCCUCCUCCUCUUUUAUAUCCGGGUGGUCUCCACCAGCCACAAGCCCAGCUCUUCCGACUUGAUCCUCGCCCAGCUGGCCUUGGCCAACAUCCUCCUCCUCCUCACUCUUGGUAUCCCAGAAGCCCUGUACGCUUGGGGAUGGAGAAAUUUCCUUACCAUCUCUGGCUGUAAAAUCCUCAUGUACCUGUAUCGGGUGGGCCGGGGCCUUGCCAUCUGCACCACCUGCCUCCUGAGCGUCUUCCAGGCCGUCACCCUCAGCCCCGGCACCUCCCGCUGGGCAAGGGUCAAAGCUAAAUUACACGAGUCUGUCGUGCCCUCCUGUGCCCUCUCUUGGGUGCUCAGUCUGCUGGUAGAAUGUAACGUAGCGAUCCAGAUGACUGGUCCUCUGAACAACAGCAGCGCUCACAUCAUGCUGGAUCACAAAUACUGUUCACAAAUCAGUGACACUGCAGAAACCGCUAUGGCUUUGACUGCCCUGGUCACUCUCCGCGACGUGUUUUUCGUGGGGCUCAUGAGCUUGACCAGUGGCUACAUGGUGUUCGUCCUGCACAGACACCACCACCAGGUCCGACACCUCCAGGGACACGACCGCUCCCCCAGGGAGAUGCCCGAGGUCCGAGCCGCCAAGAGAGUGGUCGCCCUGGUCACCCUCUACGUCCUCCUUUAUGGACGCCAGACCCUCAUGCUGAGCGUCAUCAUCAACAUGAAAGUCAAGUCUCGUCAGCUGGUGAAUGGCCACAUGCUACUGUCCUUCACCUUCUCCGUUCUCAGCCCGUUCCCCGUUAUCAUUGGGGACCGCAGGAUGAGACCAUUCUGGAUGAAGGACCCUCCUGUUUCCAGUGCGGAUUCCUCGUAG